AUGCCCUCGAAUAUUUUAGUCAGUGGUGCCGCCGGCUACAUAGGAGGUUCCAUAGUCGCAGACUUUCUAGCAAGAAAGACCAUAUCAACUGAUGUGGAUCGGCUUAUUGCUGCGGUUAGGUCUGAAGAUCAAGCUAAUUCCUUAUCGAAUUUGGGCGUCCGCGUUAUUCAGUUGGAUUUGACGGACGAAGAUGCUGUGGUAAAAAGCGUGCUAUCCCAUAACAUCAGCAUCGUUAUUCACACGGCAAGCUCUAUAAAUCCAACUCUAGCGCUACACUUGAUCACCGCGUUGAGCAAGCAAGGUGAAGUGAGUGGGGAAAAAACAUAUUUCAUCCACACCUCGGGAUUAGGUGCGUUCUUCGAAAAUACCGGUUGGCCGGCAGGACCAUUUAAAGACACAGAUGCCGUGUUCGAUACUGAGAAGGGAUUGGCCGACUCCUCCCCUCUCCGAAAGACUGACGUGGCUGUUAUCGAGCAUGCCGAAAAACGAGGAGUAGGCUGUUUUGUUGUUGUACCUUCCCUAGUUUAUGGGAAGGGAAGUGGCGAAUGGAAUAAGCUGUCCGUAGUGCUACCCGUCUACGUCAAGGCAAGCAUCUCGGGUCGGGCUGUUUAUAAAUUCCCCGAAGACACGAAAGUCUCAAGCGUGCACAUCUCUGAUUUGACUGCACUAUACGGACGGAUUAUCGAGAAUAUCCUCCAUGGAGAGCCGCUUCCAACUGGCAGAGAAGGAUAUUACUUUGCACUGGCCCAUUAUCUCCAUUUGGGAGAAGUCCUAGACCACUUAGCUAUACAGCUAAAGGCUCGUGAUUUGAUAACAGAUUCAAAGACAAAGAUAUAUCUCAAUGAUGAGGCUGCUGCAAGCUCACUAGGCAUUCCGGUGCCAUUUGUGCGACCCUUGUGGAAUUCAGGCGAUAACAUCAUCGCCGAAAUUCCGCACAAGAUCGGGUGGAGACCAACGUGGAAUAAGGAUCGAUUUCUCCAAAACAUCGAUGACGAGAUCCAAGCCGUAGUAGAGCAUAGAAAGGCGAAGAGCAGUCUUAUUGAUUCUUUGUUUGAAUUCGCUGCAGAGUAA